GUUCAGCUGGACUCGCUCCUUUCCGGUGCCGUGGAGCGGAGCUCGCUUGCGCUCAGACAUGGCUCUCUACAAUUUUAAAAAGAUUAUGGUGGUUCCCACUGCCAAGGACUUCAUAGACUUGACCCUGUCCAAAACACAACGCAAGACCCCCACUGUGAUCCACAAGCACUAUCAGAUCCACCGCAUCCGUCAUUUCUACAUGCGCAAGGUCAAGUUCACACAACAGAACUACCAUGAUCGUCUCACACAGAUCCUCACUGACUUCCCCAAGCUGGAUGAUAUCCACCCAUUCUAUGCUGAUUUGAUGAAUGUGUUGUAUGACAAGGAUCAUUACAAGCUGGCUCUGGGCCAGAUCAAUAUCGCCAAGAACCUCAUUGAUAAUGUGGCUAAAGACUAUGUGCGUCUGAUGAAGUACGGAGACUCAUUAUAUCGCUGUAAGCAGCUGAAGAGAGCAGCACUUGGACGCAUGUGCACCAUCUUAAAGAGACAGAAACAGAGCCUCGAGUAUCUAGAGCAAGUUCGUCAGCAUCUGUCUCGUCUGCCCACCAUUGACCCAAACACCAGAACUCUACUGCUCUGUGGAUACCCCAAUGUCGGCAAAUCCAGCUUCAUCAACAAGGUUACUCGUGCAGAUGUGGAGGUGCAGCCAUAUGCUUUCACCACUAAAUCUCUGUUUGUGGGUCACAUGGACUACAAGUAUCUGCGCUGGCAGGUAGUAGACACCCCAGGUAUCCUGGAUCACCCUCUGGAGGAGCGGAACACGAUUGAGAUGCAGGCGAUCACAGCGCUGGCCCACCUGCGAGCUGCUGUGCUCUAUGUGAUGGACGCCUCAGAGCAGUGCGGACACACACUUUCACAACAGCUUGAAUUGUUCAACAAUAUCAGACCCCUGUUUGCUAACAAGCCUCUGAUUGUAGUGGCCAACAAGUGUGAUGUAAAGAAGAUAAGUGAGCUGUCAGAGGAGAAUCAGAAAAUCUUUGCGGAUAUCGUGGCUGAGGGGAUUCCAGUGAUUGAGACAAGCACACUGACGGAAGAAGGAGUAAUGCAGGUCAAAACAGAGGCAUGCGACCAGCUGUUGGCUCACCGUGUGGACACAAAAAUGAAGGGGAAGAAAGUCCACGAUGUCCUAAACAGACUUCACCUCGCCAUGCCAACCAAGAGAGAUAACAAGGAACGACCUCCAUUUAUCCCAGAGGGGGCCGUGAUCCGCCGAAAGGCGAUGGAGGUUGAUGCCCCCAAACGUAAACUGGAGAGAGACCUGGAGAUAGAGCUUGGAGACGACUACACGCUCGACCUGCAGAAAUACUGGGACCUGAUGAAUAUUGAGGAGAAAAGUGAUAAGAUUCCUGAGAUUUGGGAAGGACACAACAUUGCUGAUUACAUUGACCCUGACAUCAUGAAGCGCUUAUCUGAGCUAGAAAAGGAGGAGGAGCUCCGGGAGCAGGCAGGCGAAUAUGACUCUGAUGAAGAAAGUGAAGAUGAAGAGAUGCAGGAAAUUCGUAAGCUUGCCAGUCAGAUUCGAGAGAAGAGGAAGCUGAAGAUCCUGGAGUCGAAAGAAAAAGAUGUCCAUGGACCCAGAUUACCCCGCACUGCCAAAAAGGUGGAUAGGGCAACACUGGAGAAGGAAAUGGAGGAUCUCGGUUUGGACAUGACAGAUAAAGAUGAGAGCCACUAUGUCCAGCAGGCCCGGAGGUCACGCUCACUUGUCAGAAAGAGGAAGAGAGAAGCGUCUGCUCCGCCUACCUCACGCACACGCAGUCAGAGUGCAUCGAGACCACCCCGUGACCAAUCAGGAAUCAGAGAUGCUAAGAUGAUGAAAAAAGCGAAGACGAUGAUGAAGAACUCUCAGAAGGGGAUGAACAGGCAGGGCAAGAAGGGCGAGUCAGACAGACACGUCUUCGACCUGAAACCCAAACACCUGCUUGCAGGAAAGAGAAAAUCUGGCAGCACAAGCCGCAGAUGAACAUACAAACUUACAUGCGUGCCUCUUUAAGAACAUACUCUUAUCCUGCAGCUUUUUCACAUAUUUACAUGUAGUUUUGGCCCUGGAUAGAGAUGUUUCAGUGACAGUCAUGUAACGAGGUUGCAAAUGAAAUAUAACAAUGUUUUCAAAUUGCCUUACCAGUGUUCAUUGCUGGGGUGGAAAUAAUUACUAUAACUUCCAAAUCCAUCCCCAGGAUUAAUGGACAUGUGAAAUGUCAAGGUGCUGUAUUGAUGGUAUAGUGUAUGGAUAUCUGUCAGGUUAACUGUGCUGUCUUAAGCCUUUGAGUCAAAUCCAAUGAAUCUGUUAAUGCUGAUUGAGAGCUGUUAAGUCACGUGUUUGGCUGGCAGUGAAAUAAAUAAUUGAUUUAACUGAAAGAAUGAG